AUGUCGAAUGUUUCUUUCAGUUACGUGUAUGCCACAGACACGAUUUUGGCUCAGCGUUUGUUCUAUGGUGACCGCUUCGGUUGGGCAUUUGAGAUUCUUUUGAGUAUCAGUACUCAAACACUUGGGUUCGGCAUGGCUGGACUAUUUACCAAAUGUUUGGUCACGCCGGCACCCAUGAUCUGGUCUACUACCCUGAUCAACACUGCACUCUUCAACACGCUUCACGAUCAUUCUACAGCUGAUCCGUAG